CCAGCUGCCGUAAAACUGAAAAGAAGAACGUCAAGCGUGCUAACUGUCGUGAAAGCACAUCGACGGAGAAAGAAGUGUGCAGGACGCUAAUAAGUCAGUGUUAUUAUUUGUUCUCCAGUUUGAAAUAUUUACGUCGUAUAAAAUACAUAUUUGAUUCUUUAUUCAAGGAUAAAGUCGUCUCAAUGCGCUAGAAGCACUGUGCCGCUUCUCCUGCUAUGUUUGCUUGUUAGUUAGCUUAGCUCGCUAGUUAGCUUAGCUUGUUAGCUGCUAACAGAAGACACAGAAGUUAUCAACACAUCGCUAAGUAGAGAGCAAGUGUGAGAGUAAAGUGUUGUGAUUGUGUGAAAAUGUCUACAUUACAAAUGUUGAGAGCGUUGGUGGAUCAGCGACUAACUGCUGCCGUUGAAGAAAUAUUUGUAGUGUUAGAAAGAACGAUAGCAGAAUAUGAGGCGAAACUUUCUAGAACAAAAGAGGAGAACUAUCAACUACUGGACGCUGUUUUCAAGAAACAUCAAGUUGUGUUACACAGAACAGAUGUCGUAGAAGAACAUCUUCCUCGUGAGCAGGAAGAAGAGUCACAGCCCCACCACAUUAAAGAGGAAGAAUAUGUACCACAUUCCCAUCACAUUAAAGAUGGAGGGGAGGAGCCACAGCCCCCCCAUAUUAAAGAGGAAGACGAGACACCACAGACCCAUAGUGUUAAACUGACCCUUCACAUUAAAGGUCAAGCGGCGGACCCACUGAUCUUACACAGCAAAAAUGAAGAGGAAGACCCACUGACCCCUCACUUUAAGGAGCAAAAGAACCCGCUGACCCUUCACAUUGAAGAGGAAAAGGAGGACCCACUGAACCCCUACUUUAAAGAGGAAGAGGAGGACCAAGAGCCGCUGCACAUUAAAGAGGAAGAGGAGGAACACCACAUCCGUCAGCCUAAAUGGUUGGAGGAGUUCCCAGUGAUUGGUGUCCCUGUGAAGAGUGAAGAUGAUGAGGUCAAAGGUGAAAGUGAGGAGAAGAGAGAGGCGGAGCCUCCAAGCAGCAGCUCAACACAACACAUGACAACAGAAGCUGAUGGAGACCACUGUGGAGGAUCACAAGCAGACAAGCUCUUAGCUCCACUAUCAGAUAGUGAGGACACAACGUCACACUCUCCUGACACUGAUGAUGAAGACUCUAAAGAUGAUAAGACAUGUCACACUGACAACACUCACUUCAAAUGUUCUCACUGUGACAAAACCUUUAAAUACCAUUGUCUUCUGGAAACACACAUGAGAUCACACACCGGAGAAAAACCUUUUAUCUGUUCACUCUGUGGUAAAGAUUUUGUACAAAGUCACAAUUUGAAAGUACACAUGAGAACACACACUGGUGAAAAACCUUUUUCUUGUUCAAUCUGUGGUAAAGGUUUUGCACGCAGUUCAUGUUUGGCAAAACACAGAAGAAGACACACCGGAGAAAAACGUUUUCUCUGUUCAAUAUGUGGUAAAGGUUUUGUAGAAAGUCGCUAUUUGAAGGUACACAUGAGAACACACACUGGUGAGAAACCUUUCACAUGUUCAAUCUGCAACAGAAGCUUUUGUGACCAAUCAAACCUUGUAGUACACAUGAGAAGACACACAGGAGAGAAAGUGGUGAGUUGCAGUGUGUGUGGUGAAAGAUUCUCUUAUAAGUACCAGUGUAAGAAACACAAGUGUGCUGGUGAGAACAGCAGCAGCAAAUGAAACUGCAGGAUUUCAAAUAAACUGUCAAGACUUUAAUUUUGACUUUCUAACAAUCAGCACAUAGAACAUGUGUGACAUUGUUGUUUGUUUAACACAAUCUUGUCAACAUGCCUCUAUAUUUAUAGAUUAGAUAUUUUGUAUUAUUUGUUUUUUUUAGUCAAGUACAUGCAUUAAUAUGCAAUCAAAGUUUGGAGUGUCAGACAAAAGCCAAUAUUGUACAUCAUCCCACAGAGAUUUACUUUGCAUACAUUCAUAAACUAAACUGUUUAUUUUGUUUCCAUAUCACAGAACGCACAAGUGUUGUAUUCAAUUGCAAAACAACAUCCUAAAAAUUAUUUUAAGUGGUCAAUUCUGUCUUUUUUUUCUUAAAUGAACUCCUUUGCUUUUGGAAGAAGGGAAACUUUCAAGAUAUGAGUAUUUUUUUGUUCCAGAGAAAAUACAGUAAAGAAUAAAUAGUAAAUAAUUAAAAAGAUGAUAUACUGUAAUUAGAAUAUUUUGAACGAAAGCCUUUUUAAUUUUUGUAUUUUUUUCCCCCCCAGCUCGUACUUAACAAUGAAAUCUUCAAAUAAUAAAAUACUUUCAUCACUCAAUAA